GGAUCUUGUCUCUCUAAGCCCAGAGGCGGAAAUCACGGAACCGAGCGCGCAUUUUAGAGCGGGAGUUGCAAAAACCAAGGCAAAUGGCAUACGCGUAGGAUAGUGAAAGAGAGUGAGAGAGAGAGAGAGGUUUGGUCAUGAAAUUUAAGAGAUCCUAUUUUCCCCUAAAAUGGUUAUAAGUCUUGCUUGGAUUCCAAAUUCCACCGCACUCACAACCAACUCAUAAUAAUACCUGCAAAAACGUCCAUAUUCAUUCAUCAAUUGCAUUAAAACCUCCGCAAAUUAAAUCAUCUUCUUCGCAUUCAACGACUUCGAUUCUUCAGAACCACCUCAUUCCGUCUCCUUCAACCCCAAGGGAUCUAUGAUGUCUGUGAUGGGCAAUCCAACAAACAUUUUCUGGCAUGAAAGCACAGUUGGGAAAACCGAAAGACAAAACCUAAUCAACCAACAGGGAUGUGUUGUAUGGAUCACAGGUCUCAGUGGAUCAGGUAAAAGCACACUUGCAUGCUCAUUAAACAGAGAACUACACUCCAGAGGAAAACUUUCCUAUGUUCUUGAUGGUGAUAAUGUUAGACAUGGAUUAAACAAAAACCUUGGAUUCUCAUCCGAAGAUAGAACUGAAAACAUUCGUCGUGUUGGAGAAGUAGCUAAGCUAUUUGCAGAUGCUGGAUUAAUCUGUAUAGCCAGUCUGAUAUCUCCUUACAGAAAGGAUCGCGAUGCAUGUCGUGCAAUGUUGACAGAUGCAAAUUUUAUAGAGGUGUUCAUGAACAUGUCUCUUGAAGUGUGUGAAAGAAGAGAUCCUAAAGGCCUUUACAAGCUUGCAAGAGCUGGGAAGAUUAAAGGCUUUACUGGGAUUGAUGAUCCUUACGAACCACCUUUGAAUUGUGAGAUUAUGAUUGAAGAAAAAGAUGGAGUUUGUCCUACACCAUGUGAUAUGGCUGGACAAGUAGUUUCUUAUUUGGAUGAAAAUGGGUUUCUUCAUGCUUGAAAAUGGGUGAUCAACUUUGACUUGUUUGACCUUUUGAUUUUUGGAUGAAUAUUUUGAAGUUAAAAUAUGUGAACCUUUAAUCUUGUAGAAAUGAAAACUUUAGGUUGACUAAAAAUUGUCUAAUUGCAUAUUCGAUAUAUUAUAGUGUGUGAUGUCAUUAGUAUUUGAA